UCUGCUCCUCUCCCUCUACUCAUCUCCCCGCCGCGUCGCCCCCGGCCUCCGCCCUCACCCCCACAGCCACCACAAAUCGACGACCUCGUUUCCCAUGCGCCCCUUCUCAUCCCCUUCCCCGGUUCAUCGGAGAGGAAAAUUGGCAGGUCGAGCGACCAGAUCCGCCCACAUCUGGCCCCGUUGCAACUGGCGACGACCGCGGUGUUGGCGGGCGGCGCCAACACGCCGCUCUCGGCCGUGGAGCUGCUCCCGCCGGGCCACCCGAGCCCGUCCGUCGCCUGCUCGCGUCCCGCAGUGUCUUCUCCGAACACACAGCCGACGGCGGUACGUGCUUCUGCUGGCGUGGCCACGGCUCCACGAGGCCGUGCUCGACCCCGCCGGUGCCGAGCCCUUCGCGCGCGCCCACGCCGGCCUCCCUGCCUACGCCUACUAUGGCCAGGACCGGGAGGCGAACGAGGUGAUGCUCAGGGCCGUGACCGGCGUGUCGGAGCCGUUCAUGGAGGUGCCGCUGGACGGGUACUUCCCCGGUGGAGGGAUUGAGGGCGUGGCCAUGCUCGUCGACGUCGGUGGCAGCUCCGGCGCCUUCCUCGCGAUGAUCAUGAGCAGGGUGCCCACCAUCCGCCAGGGACUCAACUUCGACCUGCCAGACGUCGUCGCCGCCGCGCGCUCCCAUCUCUGUGAAGAAGGUGCAGGCAUGUAGCCACGGGAGCAAGGGACGGCUUGAUCUAAAUGGCAAGCUGAAGUGCAGCAUUCGUGUACUGACUGUAAUACUCUAGGUACUAAAGUGCAGUGGUCAUGUGAUGUUAGUAAUCUUGUACGUACUAUACGGUGGGUACUUAACUGCAGUCGUCGUCACCGACAGUAAUCUAGUAAGUUGAAGCAGUGAU